AACGUGUCGAUCGGCGCGGGGAGGUGGCCCGGUCUCUUGAGUCUAACGUGCCCACGUGGCAGCAGCCGUCUGCCGUCGUCCGGUGCCGGCGGCGGAUCGCGCACGUGGGCGGAGGGGCGGGGCCCGUCCAAACAACAGGUGACAAACAGCCUCCGACACUCCCAAGCCAGCCGCCAGCCAGCCGCUGUGAUGACUAUGAUGCUUGCAACGCAGCGCGCCGCCGGCUGGGACCCCGAGACCAGCGCCGGCCCCCUUGCCGCUCGUCCGGCAGACCUCCAGCGUCUUCGGAGCAGCGUCUCAAAGGAGAACUGCACGACUGCGUCCGACGAGGGCAUCUCCUUGAACCCGUCGGGGACAAACAAAAACGUGAACGGAGGCAUCAGCCACGAGAGCCACCACGGGGCAGAAGAACCUCUCACCGCCACAGACAACGCCAUCUUCUCGGCAGAGGCGCCGGAGAAGAUAAAAGAGCACCCGCGAGCGGAAAGCCGCGGAAGCUCUGGCGUCACCUUGAGCGACAGCAACAACAACCCGGAAGCAUCCGGCGACCGCAAAUCCCGGCUGGACCGCACGGAUUCCCGGGCCAGAGACGCGCGCCAUUCUGCCACCAAAGCUUUGAGCUGCGUGAGCGAGGCCCGGCAGCGCAGCUCUUCGGCCGAGGUCCCUCGCCACGGCGACGACGGCGGCGGCGGCGUUUCCAGGAACCCCAAGCCCAAAGCGCAGCUCUGCGACUCGGCCAGGAAGGCCUUCAUCCUGCGCAGCAAGAGCGCCGACGCCGGAGCAGAACAGCACAAACAGGUCCGCUCGCCUCUGCAUCAAAACCUCAUCCCGGGUCACAAGUCCGGGUGCCCCAACAAAAGGGCCAAUCACGGCAAAGCGCACAGUUCGAAUCACGAGGCGGAAACGGACGACGACUCCAAGUCUUUGGAGCGCGUGCAACAGCGCUCCCCUCUGGCGUCGCCGGUCAAAAGCGCGUCGCUGACGGCCGACGGCGAAGAUUCAAAGGCUCCGGCGGCACAGCCGCACGCCGCCGCCGCCGCCACCAUUCACCCGGAGCGACUCGCCGACCCGUCGGCCUCUUUGGAGCCGGGCUCCCCAACGCCCGCCCUGCUCCCGCCGGGUCGGACCGCCUCGCUCCUGCUCAGGACCGCGUCGGACUCCGGACAAGUGAACGGUCCUCCGAGCGCCGCCGCGGGCAAGAACGCGUCCGUUCGCCAGAGCGACUAUCCGGCCGACAAUCAAGUGGUCCUCAACGGCCAUUCGCCCAGAGCGCCGCCGGCCACCCCCCACCUUGAAUCGGAAGCGGGGGUCGGGAGAGCAACGGUGGCGCCGAAGCCCAAGGUUUUGCAAAGGUCUCAGCAGAGCAUCAGCGAGCCCAAACUUUCCCAAGUCCCGCCUCAGACGUACGCCGACGUCUACUACGCCAACUGCCAGAGUGCUGCCUCCAGAGCUGCCAAAACGUCCCUUCCCGCCAACGCCAGAUCCCACGAGGCUAUCUCGGGAGCGGAAAGCGCUACCUUUUUCACCUUCGCCCGUGCGCAGAACAGGGAGGAUCCCGACCCGUGGGCCAAAGGCGUCCAAAGCUACCAGACGUACAUUUGCGAGGCGCACGUGAUGAAGGAAGGCAAGACGGAGACCCGUUGCAAUUCUCUGGAUUCCGAGCCCGGCGCCGGCGGCGGCGGCGUGACGCCGGACUGGGGCUUGGACGAGGAAGGCUGGCUCUUCAAGCGUUCCGUCUCGGUGUCCACCAGACCCCCGUUGAAGCCGGUCAUGGGCAUGAACGGGGCCAAGGCCCGGAGCCAAAGCUUUGGCGCUCGCUACGCCGAGCGCCCCGGCUUCAAUCGCUCCGGCAAGGUGCGCACUCAGAUCAAAACGCACUCCGGGAGCUCCCUCAACUCGCUGGGCGACGUUCUGCCGGGAAGCGUGAGCUGCUCCGCCAGCUACCACUGCCCCUUGAACCGAUCGCUCCUCAACAACUUCCUGAUGGAGGAAGGCCCGGCGCUUCCUCCGUGGCCGGGCUCGUCCGGCGAAAGGCUCCAGAGACGCCUGCAGAUCGAGCAGCAGUUCCGCAGCGCCUUCGGCGAAGCCGUCUGCGAAGAAGCCGAGAGGCGGAGCGCCGUCACCGCCAUCGAGGAGAAGGUGAUGCUCGGCAUCGAGGAGAACUUGCACAAGUCUCAGGAGCAGGAGAGGAGCAGCCAAGUCAAGCACAAGUCCGGAUCCGCCUUGGCCAACUGGUUCGGUUUCCGCAAGGGGAAGCUUCCGGCCAAGACGGACGUGGCCAAAGCCAAAGAGGAGAAGAGGGAUCCCAAGAUGAGCUCGCUGCUGGCUGGGGGGAAGCAGACCAAGACGGACAAGAAGAGAGAGCGGAGGAAAAGCGACGGAAAAGACUGCUCGGCGGGAAGGAGAGAGUCGCACGAUGCGGUGCGAGCGUGCAUCGCCGUGCCCUGCCCGGGGAUCUUGCCGCGCGGUGACAUCGUCGGGGACACGCAGAGAGGUGAGGGGGAAAAGGCAGCCCUGAUGGCCAGCGCCCUGCAGGACGCCGUCACGGAAAGAAGUAAAGAGCACUUUUGAAAUGUUGCUGGUCCGGCCGCCAGAUGCGAACCUUGGACAGCGGAAUCGGGACCAUCCCCCUCCCCGAAUCCUGCUCCUUCUUCUCCUCCAUCCUGCACCUCCUCCCCAAGUCCUCAUCAUCAACCCCUGGGCCCGAACCCCAGCCCCCCGUGGCGGGCUCCUCCGGCGAGGAGGCGUCCCCGCUCCCCCGCUGGAGGAUCCCCUCGGCUUUUCGGGACCACGGGGCGCCCCCUUCUCUGUCCGCCCCCGCCGACCGGUCGCCACCUUUCCCCUCCGUGGCCUUCCUGCGAGCCCAACCUCAAGCCGUUGUGACGUCUGCCUGCCGCCGCCGCCGCCAGCGCGUGUCCGAUCCCCGCGACGCAACCCGGAGAGACGCGCAAGGUGAAAUGGAAGCAAAGCGGCUGACCUACAUGAAAAGCAAGAGCAGGGCGGCCCAGCAGAAGGAGCAGAGCAGGCUGCAGCUGGCCAACUAGCUCAAGACUCCACGCGGCGGUCGGAGAGCUUCGCCAGAGGACCCGGCCGGACGCUCCCGCCCGCCCGCCUGCCAAGGAGCUUGCGGCCCACGCUCGGAGACGCUUCUCCUCACGUUGCAUUUGUGACCUUUUGCAAAUCCGGCCGGAUUCAAUGCGAAGAAGGCAAAGCUCGCGUGGAGAUGGUGCUUGGGCACACGGGCGCUCCUCAAAUGGGCAGUCCACACUCAAAUGGAAGUUUGAAGGGUGUGCUUUGCAUUCUUGCCUGCCGCAAGCUCCUCCUCGUAGCUCGCGAUGACACUGGUUCUGGAUUUUGGUUGCUUCUCUGCUCCAAUGGCAAGCACGUUUGCGUCAGGAUUGCUGCCUGGCAUUGUUGAUUUUUUUGCUACUUUUGUUUCAUGUUUUCCCCGCAUCCUUUUUGGCGCGACCCGGUCACCCGGUUAGCGUUUGCAUUUGCUCUCGUCAGGUGGACGGACCAAUGGGCUCCCUCGGGCGACCGACCGACCGGUCUCGUCCAGGUGUGCCCGGCCGGUUAGCUUUUGCUUUGCGCCUGUUCCCGUCAGCCGGGAGCCAUCGGGCUGGCUCUCUCGGCCCAGCGGUCCUAUCCAGGUGUGCUCAUCGCUUUGCUGGUAUUUCGGCGCCUGCUUUGGCUCCAUCUUCCUUUUGCGUGUUGUUGUUGUUGUUGCUGUUGAAUCAUGUUGCCUCUGUUCCCUUGUUCAUGAAAUGGCCCCUUUGUUAUUUUUGGGUGCGCACAGUUGAAUCCUCCCUCACUCCUGCCUCCACCCUUUGCUUGCGCAUAACAAAACACCCCCAAAAGCUUUUUGGCUUGCAAAACUUGUGCAAUUUUGUGCAGAGCGUCGGCUCAGGUUGCAAACAAGCCAAUUUCCCACGUUUCCACUUUGGACAGCCGCAAAGAAUGGAUUCGUGUGAAAAUGUCCCGAAGCCACCACCUUCUUUCUAUUUGCUAAGCACUGUCCACUGGCACCAACCGAUCAUUUCUUUCCACAUCAAUCGGGCCACUGUUGAGCCAUAUGAAGGUUUGAGGGGAGAAAUCUUCAAACCGUAGCAUUAGACCGCUUAUUUACCUCGUGACUUAAACUAUGCUCACCUGCUAUGUGCAUGUUGGAGAAAAAGUAAAUAAAUAGCAGUGCUAUUUAUACCCGUAGCAACACAAAGCUCUUGGAAAUGCGUGAGUCGGAUUUUUAUUGAUCAGGGAAGCGAGUGGCAACACUGACAUACGGGUAGAUUGAGCUCGCUCGGCAUUCUUCUUGUUGUGGUCGUGUACAAAAAAAACAAAACAGAAAAGGCUCAUUAGAAUGAGUAUGCAUAUUGUAUUUUUCUAACAUUUACCUCGUAUUUGUUACUCACUGCACUGAUUGGUGGACUUGUCAGUUUAUUGCACAUUUAUUGUAACUUCCUGAUAUUGAUGUUUUUUUUUUAAAUAUAUAAAAAAUGGCUAAUCACAAUGAUGUCUUUUGGUAAUCGUUUCCUUUGCACUAAUCACUUGUGAAAUUGCAUUGUUUUACUUUGGAGGGGAAAAACAAAAAACAAAUAAAGUGUUUCCUGUUUGACCUGAA